AGGCUCAUGCGCGCCACCAGGCGGCAGAGCUGUGUCAUAGCAGCCAUUUGGGACUAUGAACAAAGAGAGAAAAUAUACAAUUUUAUCAAAACGCGACGGCGAAUGUUUGUUUUUACGGCCAAAAUGCAAAGUAAAGGCACCAAGGCAUUUUCUAGUGGCACUUUUGGCCGGUUUGGAGGAGAAAUGUCGAUAAGUGAAGCGUUUGUUCUCGGUAGGUCGGCGACGAAGGUGGACAAGAGCUGCAAAGCAUGGCUGCUGCUUGUGCUUUAACUGCAUGGAGACCGAAAGAGACUUCUGACUCCCCAAAGGACAGCGGCUCCAAGAAGAAACCGCGUUUUAUAAGCCUUGUCCGAGCGGGAAAAUAUUCAUUCUAACACACAAAAAAUGUACAUUAUAUAUAGAAAAUAGGCAAAAAUUCCCAGCGAUAGUUAACGGUCAUACAUUGCGUUAUAAUUAAGUAAUGUCUCAUAGGGAUGUCUUCACAAUCGUUUGCAUUGCAUUAAUAGCUUAUAUCCCCUUCAAACUAUUUUUGUUAUUUUGAAAAUACGUACCUUUCUCUUGGGCAUGUUGAUCUCUUGGAGGUUUUCUUACAAAUUUAACUAAAAACUGUUUUUCUUAGUGGGUUCAGUGCAUGUGAAGACGAGUGUCUCCCUUAUGCUCGGCAGUGUAGUAAACACACUGGAACAGAGAGGCGAGUGGUUGAAUGGGGGGAGGGGUGCGGCUAAAGGCAUGAUUGAUAGGCUCUCAGCCAAUCAGGUGACGCCAUUCUGGGCUGCAGAACACUUGGAAUUUUGGAGCCGGUGAUGAUCUGGGGUCUGCGCGAAUGGCUUCUUGCAGGGAAAGAUGGGAGGAAUCCUGCAAGAAAGAAAGGGUUGCAUUUGAGGACAUAUUGCGUUCAUACUAGUGUGUUCACAUUUAGUGAGAUAGAGGCCGCACGAUGGGCCGGCGUGCAGUGUUACACAGGCCCUGGUGGCAGGCGGCAUGCCCCGGUGUAAAGCCAUGCACAUAUGCUGGCUGUUCUUCAACCAGAGCUCACAUCUGCAGCGCCCAACAAGGAGAAAUCACACCAUAAAUGCACUUCGUGUACGAGUCCAAUAUGGCGCCCACUCUUCGACACAUUUUUUUUGUUUGUCAGUCGGCUUUCCUAAAUUCGCUUCAGGGUAAAGCCUUGCGUCGUCUGCCCCAGACGCCUGCAGGGGGCCCACAAAGCCCGUCUAAAGCUGUGGCUGAACAAGACGGUGCUUCAGUGGCUGUGCUGUUUACACAAAAGCGCCCAGCCAGCAGUGUUCAAAAUCACAGCCAAUUUUAUUUUGUCUUUACCCUCUUUUCACUCACCACCCCAGAGUUUACUAGAACCCCUGCAACGGUGCACAAUUGCAGAGUUUGGAGGACAAUAGCUAAUGUCUGGUUGCAGACAAUGGGGACAAUGCAGAAAUAUUCAGACAAUAUCACCCUAUUUUCUUGCCAUCACGAAGACCCAUUACCUCCCUGUGCGUGCACGUACGUGCCUCUGAGUGUGUGUUCUUGCUCUACGGAGAGAAAGGGGGAGAGAGGGACUAGAAGGGGCGGGGUGCAAAGUAGAGGCGGAGGAGGAAUGCAAAGCUCCAUCCAGUGCUAGGAACUGGAGCAUUUGCGCAGAUAGUCUGCGCUGCCUUCGACAGACACACAGCGUAUCAACCAGGGAAGUUUGUUGUCUCUGCUUGUUGUCCCACAGCCGAGCAAUCCGCCUUCAAAGUGUCUGCGAGGAGCACGGCAAACCACCACAACCUAACGGACCCGUGUCAGCAUCAGGGAUUUAUCAUGGUGAUCAAAGUGUACAUAGCAUCGUCCUCUGGAUCCACUUCGAUUAAAAAGCAGCAGCAGGAUGUGAUGGGCUUCUUUGCUGCAAAUAAGAUCGAAUUUGAGGAGUGUGACAUCGCUGCCAACGAGGACAACAGGAAGUGGAUGAGAGAGAACGUUCCAGAGGAGUCCCGACCGGCUACGGGGAACCCGCUCCCUCCACAGAUAUUUAAUGAAAGCCAAUAUUGCGGCAACUAUGAGGCCUUUUUCGAUGCCAGGGAGGACAAUGCCGUGUAUGCAUUUCUGGGUCUGACUGCUCCCCCGGGCUCAAAGGAAGCAGAGGCUCUAGCAAAGAAAGCACAGCAGUAGCAGUUUUACACAGUUCCUACCUGAGACCUCAGGCUUGGACCUUUACCCAGACCUGGACCCAGACUGACCUGGAGUGGAUCCAGGAUUAAAAAAAAAGAAGCAACAUUUCACUCAGCUUAUAUAUACGUGGACAGUUUUGAUUUACUUUUCUAAGUAUGUUUUUUUAUCCUUUGAUCGGCUGUGCCUUGCCAGCUGUUGUGAAUGGAGGUACCACAGCAGAGCAUUAUGGGUAACUACAAACUGUUCUGCUUCCUCCCAUUAACCUCAGCCUGCCAUUACUAUUGGCCUAAUGACAUGUCAAUCAAUCGUUAGCAUAAAUGUGCAGCCAUCGCUACCAGAAACAGCAAAAUGUACACUCUUCGAAAAUUGUAACCCCGAUUCAUCAUUUGGCCGACAGAAUGCCAUCUUUGAUCAGAUUGGAUCCUUUAUCGUCAUUAUUACUAUCACCACUGUACAAGCCAAACAGAUGUGAUUAGAAUAAGUCUUAACCCCUGAAUCCUGAAACAUUAAGUCACAUGCUCCUGCCAGUCAUGUCAUUGUAAAAAACUGCGGCACCUUCUUUGAAAGUUACUUUUACAAUUCCAUUCUUGAUGUUAUUAUUUACUUUAUAUUGUCUUAAUGCUGUUUUAAUGGCAAUCUUUUUAUACAAGGUGAUAUAUGUUCAAAACUUAUAGUACAAGCCAAAAUUACAAAUCUGCAAACAUGUGAAAUGAUGUGAAAGUGAGUUUUUUGUUGUUUGCUGUAUUUGUUUUUAGGAGUAAUGGAAAGCGGUUUUGUUUAGCUCCAAGCAUCCUGUUUCAUAUUGUGUUGGUAAUUCCUGUCUUACACAAGUUGAUAUCUUCCCCAAAAUAAAAGUAAAAUAAGACUGCAAGUUAAACUGUAAUCCUCACUCCUAGUACACUGUGGUUGUCAUGAAAGGUGAUGUUUCCAUAACAGUCAAAUCAAAAAUUAGACUGAAAUCUGCCUUCUCAUAACAAACUGUGUUUUUUACAGCAUAAUAAAUGAUUUUAAGUUUA